AUGGUUCUCGACGGGGAUGAACUCCUGGACUUGCCCAUCAUAGGAGACCGCCUGCGAAAGUCGAGUGCAGCUGCUCCCUCUGCGAGAGGUGGAAGCUCUAAGGAGCAGUUCGUGUCCCCACUGGUGUUGCCGAAGCUUCCCUCACGAGUGUAUGUCAGAUUCGGUGAGGCUAUCACCCUUGAAGGCCUGGACAAGAGCGAUAAGAAAGCUUGCCAAGGGGCUUAUGAGACUGUCAAGGACGAGGUGGAGCUAGGCAUCCAGUCAUUGCUGAGAGCACGAGAGCAAGACCCUUACCUUGACCCGACAACACGCUUGCUCUACGAGCGGGUGAAAGGGGAGGCCGCCCCUACGUUUCCUGCCUCAGUUCUCGAUGCCGCGGUAUUGAGAACAAGGCUUGCUCGGGAAGGGAAACGACGAAGGCAGAGGCAAAGAAGUGUUACACCGGUCAGGACGGAGAAGCCUGUGGAGUCGACAAUUGGGGUGGGUACCGCCGCGGCUGACAAGUUGGCGGACAAUGUAACCGCUGUGGUCCCUGAACCAACGGAGUAGAGGUAUUGAAGACUACAGGCAUCAAUUUCGUAUGCAGCCGGCAGGAGAAAAACGCAGCGAUCGAACGGAUUGCGAUUGAAUUACGUAGCAAGGGGGAGGAAUGGGAUUGGCGGCAUGAAUGUUGACACGGUAAAUGCUGAGUGGUACGAGCAAGGGAAAGUGGAGUUGUUAUAAGCAUGGGUACAGGUAGUCAUGGAGGUGGGAGGACAGUGGGUGUGGAAUGGCAUUCUGUAGCGGUAUUGAUGGUCAUAUUAUGCAAACUGUACAGGAAGG